UGGAGCGGGACCCGGCUCCCGCCCGCCUUCGGAGCCGCCUUCCCACCGGCCCUGCCGGGAGGCGGGGCCGCGGGACGGGGAGGGCGGUGUGAAAUCGCGCGGCCGUAGGCAUUCUGCUUAGAAGAGCAUGUGGAAUACAGUAUUAAAAGAAGCAGUAGAGCAGCUUGACCUAUAACAGAACCAUGGUUCAACUAACAAUGGACCUGAUCGCUAAAAACACCGGUCACAAGAAUUGUAGUGAAGAGGAUUUUAGACAAUAUGUGCACAAAUUAACUCAUCUGAAUUUUUCAGAUAAAAAUAUAGAUUCAAUAGGUGACCUCUCUUUCUGUAAAAAUCUGAGAGUUCUGUAUUUAUAUGAUAACAAAAUCAGCCAAAUCCAGAACUUGGACUUUGCUUCAAAUAUAACACACCUCUACCUUCAGAACAAUCGUAUUUCAAGUAUAGAAAAUCUCUCAUCACUGAAAAAACUUGAAAAACUGUAUUUAGGAGGUAACUAUAUCACUGUAGUAGAGGGUUUGGAUAACGUAGGAGAACUGAGGGAGCUACAUAUUGAAAGUCAACAUCUCCCUCUUGGUGAAAAGCUUCUGUUUGAUCCAGUAUCUCUUAACUCCCUGGCAAAGUCUUUGUCUGUAUUGAAUAUCAGCAAUAACAACAUUGAUGAAUUAGAAGAACUGGCAGUUUUGAGAAAUCUUUCUUAUCUUAAAGCAGUCGACAAUCAGCUUAAACAUAUGAAGGAUUUGGAGGUUGUAUUAAAAAAAUGGACAAAACUAUGCAGAAUAGAUCUUACAGGAAACCCCAUCUGCCAACAGCCAAAGUACAAGGAUUGGAUUAUAUUACAUUCACUGACUUUAGAAUCUCUGGAUGGGAAUGAAAUUCAAGAAAUGAAAAGACGUUUCUUAAUGAAUUGGAAAGCCUCCAGACUUGCCAGAAACAAAAUUGACUGUGGAAGAGCUAAUUUCACAUUUCCUCUUCGAUCCAGUCACUCUGUGAAAGAAAAAUCAGAUUUUUUAGAUUUUGUUCACAAGCAGAAAGUUGAAAGAAAACCUCUGCCAAGAAUCCUUGAAAGAAGUCAGGUGAAAACUCAGGUUGAAAAGGAAUCUCAAGCAGCGACAGAAUUGUUUAAAUUCUAAAAUCCAGAAGUUACAGGAUGUGAAGAAUUGGCCAUUAUUUAUUUUCUCCCUCAAAGACUACAAAGAAAGAUACCGGUGUCCCUUUGGA